AUGGGUCGGAAGGUUCCGGUUAUGAAGCAGAACGAUGUGGAGACGGCGCAGGCUGAGGCUCCUCACCUGGCGCGUGUGGACUGGAAGAAGGAUCCUGGACUGAGAAAGCUCUACUUUUGGGCCUUCAUUAUCUGUAUCGCCUCAGCGACUACGGGUUACGAUGGAUCUAUGCUGAAUAACCUGCGCAUUCUGCACCCCUUUACCACUUACUUCGGAGACCCAAAGGGAUCGACUCUUGGACUCCUUACCGCUCUCUACUCGAUCGGUGCCAUUGCUUCACUACCAGUCACCCCUUACAUUGCCGACAAUUUUGGCCGUAAGGCGGCCAUCGCGUUGGGAUGUGUAGUCAUGAUCGUCGGCGCAGCGAUCCAAGGCGCUGCGAAGAACCUCAAUUACUUCAUGGCCGGCCGUUUCAUGAUGGGGUUCGGGAAUUCGCUGGCACAGCUUUCGUCCCCGCUGCUACUCACAGAGCUGUGCCAUCCGCAGCACAGAGGUCGUGUGACUGCCAUCUAUAACUGUCUUUGGAAUGUCGGAGCCAUCAUCUGCACGUGGCUUACAUUUGGGACCAAACGCAUCGAGAACAACUGGAGCUGGCGCGUCCCAGCAUUGACCCAGGCGUUUCCCUCCGUCAUCCAGCUUAUGUUCAUCUUCUUCAUUCCGGAAUCUCCUCGAUGGCUGAUCGCAAAGGGCCGCAAUGAAGAGGCUCUGAACAUCCUUGGCAAAUAUCACGCCAACGGAGAUCUUGACAAUCCCACGGUCCAGUUCGAGUACCACGAGAUCAGGGAGACGCUGCGCCUGGAGUUCCAAUACCAGAAGACUUCCUCCUACCUCGACUUCUUCAAGACGAAGGGAAACAGGUACAGGCUGUUGCUGCUUGCAUCCCUGGGACUCUUCUCCCAGUGGUCGGGUAACGGCCUCGUGUCCUACUACGCUACGGACGUCUACAAGAGUAUCGGCAUCAAGGAUGCGGACACACAACUUGGACUCAACGGCGGGCUCACGAUCAUGUCGCUCAUUGUUUCGGUGUCCUGCGCGCUGCUCGUCGACCGCGUCGGUCGCCGUCCACUCUUCAUCGCCGCCACCGCUUCGAUGUGCGUAACCUUCAUUCUCUGGACGAUCUGCUCGUCGCAGCAGGAGGAGAAGCACAGCGUCCCUGCUGGCCGCGCCGUCAUCGCAUUCAUCUGGAUCUUCUCGUUUGCCUACGCGCUCGCCUGGUCCGGCCUGCUCGUCGCAUACACCGUGGAAAUCCUGCCGUUCAAGAUCCGCGCCAAGGGCCUGAUGAUCAUGAACAUCUUUAUCCAAGUCGCCUUGACCAUCAACCAAUACGUCAACCCGCUCGGCUUCGAGCACCUGAAGCCCACCUGGAAGCUGUAUACCAUCUACUCGGUCUGGAUCUUCCUCGAGCUCAUCUUCGUCUGCUGCGCCUACGUCGAGACGCGCGGCCCCACGCUCGAAGAAGUCGCCAAGAUCUUCGACGGCGACGAGGCGGAAGUCGCGCAUGUCGACCUCGAGUCGGUGGAGGCGGAGGUUAUGACGUCUGGCUUCGAGAAGGACGGCAACAUGCGGUUUGAGCAUAUCAGGCUGGACAAAUUGUAA